UGGUGGCAGAAUAUAUUGACAGUAAUUACACAACAAAGGAUCGAAGUUUGUCUAGAGAAAGUUGUAAAUAAUACUGAAAAUGAAAAAUACAAUGCUUUCUUUUACGUGACGGAUUGUUCGCCGUAAGAAGAUCGAUCCAAUCUUUCCAUGUUAUCUGCCAUGAUAGUAAAAACUGGAAAGGAAACGCUUUGUCGACAAUCGCACAAUUUGCUCACCGCGGGAAGUGAAAUAUUACGCCGCCAUCAGCGGAUAUAUCUGUCAUCUUGACCUUGGUUACCAACUGUAACCAUGCCUGAUCACAGGGUAAUUACAACUUUUACCUCGGUUAAAUUUCUUUUGUCUUUUGCGGCAUUUACCGAAGUAUCAGUUGGCUUUUACACACGGAAAAUGUUUACCUUGGUUCCAGUCUCCAGAGAAGAUGUUGCGCCCUUUGUUGGGUAUUUGUCUCCUUGCAGUGUUGUCUAGUUGCGCAGAGGGAUAUCGCUGGACUGCUAUAAAAUGUGAACACAGUGGACCGAUGCGAUUAGACUGUAGCCCGUGGUUUAUUUAUGUCAUAAGUGCGUCAUAUGGACGCUCUUCGUCAAGUCGGUGUGGGGGUGGCGGAAACACUAACUGCCAUGCUGGUAGUUCCAUGAGGGUAGUCGAGAAUGAGUGCGAAGGACAACAUAGGUGCACUGUGCACGUCACAAACUCCGCCUUUGGAGACCCAUGUGUCGGUACCCAAAAAUAUCUGGAGGUAGAUUACAAGUGCCUACGUAAUUAUAACAGAGGCAUACUGAAGCGAAUUUGCGAGAGGAGUUCAGGUUCAAUCCAUUGCCCCUACGGAACGAGUAUUGACAUCUUGUCGGCGAACUACGGACGUACCACUGGAAGACAUAUUUGUCCAGACCCGGCCAGAGACACAAACUGCAGAGCUUCGGGGUCAUUAAGUACAGUGAGAGAGAAGUGCCAAGGAAGAAGCUAUUGCUAUUUGGAAGCAACAAACAGCGUAUUUGGCGAUCCUUGCCGGGGUACAAAAAAGUAUUUGGAGCUUAGAUACAAAUGUAACUGAGACGCUGAUGGUCUUUUGAUGCCCGUGGAAAACUGGAAGUAUAUUCAACCAGAAGCAGUAAUUAAAUGUAGAAUGAAGCCUGUAGAGUUUUUGUAAAUGAGACCAUUAAACUUCCUCUUAACUAUGA